GAAAUAAACCGGCGAACGCUGUGCUCCAUAAGGUUCUCAACCAAUUGGAAGAACUUCUGAGUGAUAUGAAGUCAGAUGUGAGUCGACUUCCGGCAACCAUCGCCCGAAUACCUCCCGUCGCCCAAAGACUUCAAAUCUCUGAGAGAGGUAUACUUUCCCGUCUGACUGGUCAGCCACAGCCACAGCUCAAUAUGAGUGAACUGAUGAGCGGACAAACACUACCGCCAGCCUUUGCUAAUCAGGCGCCGCCCACUAAAUGAUGGCAAUCAUUUCUAAGCGAAUAAUUUUUCACAAUUCAUACAUAACUUAACAAAUUCUUGUCUCUUGUCUUACAUUGUACUGUCUUUUAAACGAUUUAUAGAAUAACUUAAAUUUUUGCAAAUAUAUUUAGUACAUGAUAUCGUUUUCAGUAUUUCGUCACUUAUGAUAUAUUUAUCAGUUUACGAUAUACC